UGCUCCGGGCGGCUCGACGCUGCACGGAGACAACCCAUGAUCACGGACUGAACACGCAUCCUCACACCACUGACCCGGGCUGAGCCGCGUCCUGCGCGCGUGUGUGUGCGUGUGUGUGUGCAUGUGUGUGAGAGAGCGCGAGGGAGCGUGAGUGAUCCACAGAAAGCAGCAGCAGCACGAUGGAGGAUCUCAAGGAGAAUCCUGGAACUUUGGAUUGACGCGCGCGCUCGGCCCGAACCUUCGCUCAAUCCUGGAUGUACAUACAUAUAUUUGGAUGUUGUCCAUUUUCCCUCUUUGCUUUUUUCUACACAGUGGGAAUUUACACUUGGCUUACAACUCUUAUUUCUGGCGUGUAAAAUGCCAUUCGCCAAAAGGAUUGUGGAGCCGCAGCUUCUGUGCAGACACCACAUCCCCAAUGAUGAGGGUCUGCUUUUUGAGGACCUGCGCGCCAUCACGAACGUGGUUCUGUCCCGAACCUUGCGACAGCUGUCCGACCUGGCCCGGCACGCCUGCUCCUUAUUCCAGGAGCUGGAAAACGACAUACUUAACGCCAACCAGCGGGUCUGGGUCCUCCAGAACAAAAUAGGCCAGAUCCAGCAGACUGCCGGCGCGCUGGACCCCAAAAAGGAGGCAGUGCCGGUGUCGAACUUGGACGUUGAGAGUAAGGUGUCGGUUCACUACCAGGCUCCAUGGCACCAGCAACACAACGUGUUUCAUCCUUGUACCCGGCCCCCGUGUUUGGAGGAGCUGCACAGGAAUGCUCAGCUCAGCCUCCGAGCCCUGUACCGAGAUGAACAGCAGCAGCAGCGGUCUUCAAGUCGGGAACAGAACAGGGUGACCAUCUCGAUCUCAGUGGCGCCCCCUAUGCCCACUUUUCCCUCACCACACACCAUUCGCAGGCAGCAGAGGAGUCGUUUGGCACGAGCUCAAGAGAGAGCCGAGCGGGAGCGAGAAUUAGACUAUCAACCCAAGAAGGAGAGGACUGUGAGAGAAACAGAAAUCCAAACCAUUCAGAAAAAAGCGAGAGAAGGGAGAGAAGCAGACAUUCAGACCAUCCAAAGAAAGUUUGAGUGCUUUUACUCACUUCAUCCUGUUGAAGGUUGCAUCUUCAUUCCAUGGAACAGAAAGGCUACCUCGACAGUGGAGGGUGAAGGCAGUGAUUCUUUGGGGGCUCACAGACCCAAGGUUUCUGUCCCCAACCCUCCCUCCAACCAGGAGAAACAGACAAACUGGUCCAAGGAGAACGUCCCACCAUCAGAUCAAAAGACAACUGAUGACAGUAAUUCCACUUCCUCCUGCAUCAUCCCAAUCAAUGUCACAGGUGUUGGUUUUGACAGAGAAGCCAGUGCUCGUUGCUCUCUUGUCCACUCCCAGUCAGUUCUCCAGAGGAGAAGAAAGCUGAGGAGGAGGAAAACCAUCACAGGGAUACCCAAACGAGUGCAGCAGGACAUGGACUCAGAUGAAUCACCAGUAGCGAGAGAACGCACAGUGAUUGUCCACGCCAAUCCACAUCAGCUGUCUCUGUGUCAAGAAGACCUCUCACUCAGCGGCCGCCUCCAUCACACACGUGACUCUGGCUGUCAGACGGAUGAUUUCCUCAUAGCAUGUACAGCUGCUCCUUCCAGACGACGAAUCAGAGCUCAGCGUUGCCAUCAGGGAAUCCCCGCCUCUCUUUCCCAUUCAACGGGCAACAUUUCUUCCCUGGGUGACCAGUCAGACUCCACAUACACCAGUGCCACAGCCCACAGCGGGCGCUUGAGAUCUCGCAGCCUUCCACGAGAGGGUGGGCAUCUCAUGGACAGUGAUGAAGAUGAUGAUGACAAUUACGAUGAUGAUGAUGAGGAUGAAGAGUUGUCACCAUAUGAAGCAGAGGACUUUAUUCCAUCUGGCCCAAGCCCAAGGAUGAAGUUGAUGAUGAUGAAGGAUGAAGAAGAGAGCACUGAUGAUCAGGCAGCUCCAGAGUCAUUGCAGCUUGGUAGCCUAAAGAGGUUGCAGCGAUCUGGAGAGAGAGGAGGUGGAGGAGGAGGGAGUCCGGAGCACAGCUGGGUGGAGAGAGGUCGUUCUCGCUUGCCCCGUAAAGCUGACAUGGGUAGCUGUGAGAUCUCUUCCAGUUCAGACACUUUCAGCAGCCCAAUUCAUUCUGUGUCUACAACAGGAGUCCUAGGCACUCAUGUGGACCACAAGGAGGACCACCAGUCAUCAAGUGGGAAUUGGAGUGGUUCCAGCUCCACCUGUCCCUCUCAGACCUCUGAAACCAUCCCUCCUCCCUCUUCACCACCACUGACUGGCUCAUCCCACUGUGACUCUGAGCUGUCACUAAACACUGUGCCCAAUGCCAUAGAUGAAGGGUUCUCUCUGGACCCAUCCUACCACUCUGAACUCAGACCACAGGGCCAUGGUCAUAGAUCAAGCUCAUUCACAUCCUCAGCCACAGACCAACUGGAUGAUGCAGGGGUCAGUACGGCCAGUGAAGGGGAAUGGACAUACCCUCCAGACCAAGACCAGACUGAUCCAGAUCAAGACCCUGACCAGACACAAAAUCUGAGCCAAAGCCAUGAGUUAGACCAGGAGUAUAGCUCCAAACAAGAUGCAGAUGACCAAAUGUCCUUCGGUAAUAAGACCAGAAACACUGAAAUGGAAGCUGGCUCUGAUGCAGAGGGUUUCUACUCUUCUGUCAAUUUUGGGGAUUGUAAUCAGAAUUAUAGAGAAUGCAUGUACAACUAUGCAGUCCCAGGGUCUGACUGUGUUCAGUCUAACAGUGUGGCAGCAACACAAGCCCAUGGAGUUUACUCACAGCCCUCUACUGACUCUAAAGCAGGCACAAUGACCCUUGGAAGGCCCUGUCGCCCACUAAGGAAACCAAAAGUCAAACCCCAGCCACCAAAACGGAGCUCCUCACUGAAGGAAACCUGUAUUAGUGUAGAUGUCGGAACAGACACACAGGCAGAUCAGGAUCUACCAAAGAUGGUUACAGAGCAAGAACUUCAUUUGUCUUCCACAGAUAUGAAGCUGGAUCUGGAAGUAGAGCUUGUAGCCAAUCCAGAGCCAUUACAGACAUCUUGUCUUGUGGCAGAGCCUCUGGGGACAUGGGGAAUAGGUUUGGGAGAAACUGUGGACAUAGUAGAACCAAUGUCCUUCAGCUCCGCAGAUACACACUCUUUCAAAGAUGAAGGUGCUGUGCAGUCUGAUUAUGCAGACCUGUGGCUGCACAACAGUGAGCUGAAGUCCAACAAUGGUGAGUACACAACCAUGUCCAACUCAAGCACGGCCACAGGCACUACUGUCAUGGACUGUAUGAAGUCACCAGACAGCUCUUCCUCCUCCACUGACACUCAAUCCCAGGCCAUUGCCCAGCCUUCAGAGACCACAGCAACUACUCCACCUCUGCCACCUGGAGACUUCAAACUUGGGUCACCUGAAAAGCUGGUUGGCCUGGCCUCACCAUCAAGUGGCUAUUCCAGUCAGUCAGAGACACCAACAUCAACCUUACCCUCAUCUUCAGCAGCGUUCUUCCCAGGACCUCUUUCUCCUUCAACUGGUAAGAGAAAGCCCAAAGUGCCCGAGAGGAAGUCAUCUCUCUCCUCAUUGCAGCACUUCCCCAGAGAUGGAUCUUGCAUUUCUUCUGGCUAUAAGAGAGACCCAGACUUCCCUCCUCCACCUUCUCAACUUGAUCUCAAUGUUCUUCAUGGCAGUUAUGCCCGACACACACUAUGUCACCGGACACACUACAUGCACACACUCCACCACAGCAAACACAGAAUUGCAACCGUUUUGGUCACUGGAACAAAAUCUUCAGCCCCUGAGGCACCAACUGUCAACCAUCCAAGUUCAAACUCCAUCCCUGCCAUCCCCAGCUCCAAUCUGAUGCCAUCAUCUGCUCUUCAUUCAACGCAACAACAUUCACUCAGCCAAUCUACAGAUUGCUCAACCACAGCAGACCAGGAAACAGUCAGUGGAGCAGAGACUGUAACCAGGCCUAAAUAUCCUCCUAGUGGUUCCACACUGGCACCACCUCCCAUCAGCACUAGGCCUCCCCCUCCCCGGAGACCACCACCUCAAAGACCCCUACCUCAGGACCACACCUCCUCCCCUGAACACUCGCAACCACCGCCCCCUGGCCGACACCCUGAUGGACCCCCAUCUUAUGAAAGCCUGUUACUUAGGCAGGAUCGCUAUGGGCCUGGAACAUUCUGGGCUAUGACAGCUUUCAGAAACCAAAUGGACCCAUCAUCAGAUUUCGCUGAUGACAGCUCCCCCUUGCAUCGGCCUGUGCCACGAGCUCCACAUCCAUCGCCUGUAGAUUUACACACACACAUCCAGUCGCACACAGAAUUCAGAGGGCUCACACACUCAUCUCAGGCACACCCUGAGUUUAGGGUUUUGGGGGAGCGCUCCUUCUCCCAGGAUGACGAUGAUGAUGAUGAUGAAGAUGAGGAGGAGGAGGAGGAGGAAGAGCAGGCGAAAGACCCACCUAGAGCUGUAUACUCCAGAGGAGGCAUGCGAUCGGAUCACCCGCCACCCCCGGCAUAUGAGUUUGCUGGAGGCUCCCACUCAGACUCAGGGCCCUGGGCUAGUCCAAUUAAAGUGCCUGGUACCAUUACACAAACAUCACACUCUUAUCUCAUAAGUGAUGCAAGGAAAGGAAGACAGGAAGAACAGGAUGAAGGGGAGGAACUGACAUCAGGUGCUACCAGAAGUGCCCAUCUGCAGCAGCAGCCAGUGGACAGUAAAGAUGAAUCUACCACUCCUGACACUGAGGAUUACUUCAGUAAAGGGAUUUUGUUUGCUACAGAUUCCACACCCAGUGACAACUCACUGUCCCCUCUGAUGGACGACACCAAAGUGGAUGACGACAUUAUCAUCACCUCACCCAAUAAGACACGUACAACUGAGGACCUGUUUGCCAUGAUACACAGAUCCAAAAGAAAGGUCCUGGGCCGGAAAGAUUCAGGAGACUUAAAUGUAAAGUCUCGUCUCUGCCCUACAACAAUGGUGGCCCUCGGCAGUGCCUCCGCCAUCAGUAUCCCACCUGCCCCUCCUCUCAACAUCCCAGCCAAUUUAGCCUCUGUCGCCACCUUACAACGUGCCCCAGUGCCAAUUUACCGCAGCGCCAAGAAGUCCAGCACAUCAAAUGAGGAGUUCAAACUUCUGCUGUUGAAGAAAGGCAGCCGGUCUGAUUCCAGCUACCGCAUGUCAGCCACAGAGAUUCUGAAGAGUCCGAUCACCCCUAAGAACCCUGGAGAGCCACUUCAAGAAGGACCUGUCAGGCUGGCUGAGGAGUAUGCGUCUACACUCCAGGAGCCCCCCAUUUCUGCUAUGGACUCAAUCCAGAUUCCAGGCCUUUUUCCUAGGGCCAACUCUGAGAGUUUCACCCCAAAAACCUUGCCCAUGUCAGCUGCAUCCCGACAAGGCCGCUCUCGAAUCCCCCCAGUAGCCAACAGCAGUCGCUAUAGUACACGUAGCCGCCUCUACACAGCACCCAUGCAAGCCAUCUCUGAAGGGGAGACGGAGAACUCAGAUGGGAGCCCCCAUGAUGACAGAUCCUCGUAGAACAACCUCUAAACAACCUCUGUUCUUGGCUGUUUCCUAAAUUUAAAAUGGCCAGUCACGACUUGUACUUUUAUAUUGUUGAAUAUGUGUGACGAAGGCUGACUACUGCUUGAACACCCCCCCCCCCCCCACGCCCCCCGUUGUAUGGAUCUAUUAACCUUAAAAGAUGUUUGACAAAAUGUUGUGAGACAGUGGAAUCAUAAAAGGAUGCUCAUGAGAACUAUGAGGUUAUACCUCUUCAAAAGAAUAGCUCCUUCUUCGUUAAAACAAGACUUAGCACCUGUUAUGAUUGAAUUGUCUAAAAAAACCCCACUAACUUCCAGAUGUUUGGUAAAUUAUAAUAAGGAAAGAAAGUUGUGGAAUAUGGACAUGCGUAUGCAUAUAACAUCUGGCAGCCGCUGAUAUUUAUACUACUUUGUGUUU